AUGGGUAUCAUCAGCACGAUAAUGGGUUUAUUCGGAUUCGGAGUUGGGACUUCGAUCGGUUGCGCAAUUGGCUACUUCAUGUUCAUCUACUUCCAGCCCUCCGAUGUCAAGGAUCCAGUAGUUCGUCCUCUGGUUGAGCAAGACUCGGAGACUUUGCAGCGGAUGUUCCCGGAAAUACCCUUGUGGGUGAAGAAUCCGGACUACGACAGAGUUGACUGGCUGAACAAGUUCAUUGCACACAUGUGGCCUUACUUGGAUAAGGCAAUUUGUAAGACUGCAAAGACUAUAGCAAAGCCGAUUAUUGCUGAGCAAAUCCCCAAGUACAAAAUAGAUUCAGUUGAAUUCGAAGCGCUUACGUUGGGCACAUUGCCUCCAACCAUUCAAGGAAUGAAAGUUUAUGUAACCGAUGAGAAAGAGUUGAUUAUGGAGCCUGUGGUGAAGUGGGCCGGGAAUCCUAACAUUACAGUUGGAGUCAAAGCAUUUGGCUUGAAAGCAACAGUCCAAGUGAUUGAUUUGCAAGUUUUUGCUUCUCCAAGAAUCACACUUAAGCCCUUGGUCCCUACUUUCCCCUGUUUCGCCAAUAUUUUUGUGUCUCUCAUGGAAAAGCCACAUGUUGACUUUGGAUUGAAAUUGCUUGGAGCAGACGUUAUGUCCAUUCCUGGACUUUAUCGAUUUGUUCAGGAACUUAUCAAAGACCAAGUUGCAAUGAUGUACUUAUGGCCCAAAACCUUGGUCGUACCUGUUCUGGAUCCUUCGAAGGCCAUGAGGAAACCUGUUGGGAUUCUUACCGUGAAGGUUGUACGUGCAAUGAAACUUAAAAAGAAAGAUCUGUUGGGAGCAUCAGACCCUUAUGUAAAGGUAAAGCUCACUGAAGAUAAGCUGCCUUCGAAGAAAACUACUGUCAGACACAAGAACUUGAAUCCCGAGUGGAACGAGGAAUUCCAUCUGGUUGUUAAAGACCCCGAAUCUCAAGCUUUGGAGCUUCUCGUUUAUGACUGGGAGCAGGUGGGUAAGCAUGACAAAAUGGGAAUGAAUGUUAUCCCAUUGAAAGAACUUACACCUGAAGAGUCAAAAGUCAUGACGCUCGAACUGCUGAAAAAUAUGGACCUAAACGAUGCUCAGAAUGAGAAAUCGCGUGGUCAGCUUGUUGUGGAGCUGCUGUACAAACCGUUCAAGGAAGAUGAGAUGCCCAAUGCUGUUGAAGAGUCUGAUGGUGUAGAGAAAGCUCCUGAGGGAACGCCUUCUGGUGGAGGCUUGCUGGUGAUCAUUAUACAUGAAGCACAAGAUGUCGAAGGGAAGAACCACACAAACCCUUAUGCGAAGCUUACUUUCAGAGGGGAGGAGAGGAAAACCAAGCAUGUGAAGAAAAACCGUGAUCCGAGAUGGGACGAGGAGUUUCAGUUUACGCUGGAGGAACCGCCGACGAAUGAGAAGCUCCAUGUGGAAGUUGCUAGCGUCUCGUCAAGAAUUGGUCUAUUACACCCUAAGGAAGUUCUGGGGCACGUGACCAUAAAUCUGGCGGACGUGGUCUCGAACAAGAGAAUCAACCAGAAGUACAAUCUCAUCGACUCGAGGCAUGGCAAGAUCCAAAUUGAGCUGCAAUGGCGAACAUCGUCAUGA